ACUGCUGCGGCGUUUAGGAAAGCUAAGAUACAGAACCAACUAUAUAUUGAUUGGCUGAACUCGCCGAAUGUCAACGGCGUUACUAUAAUAGUUGGUCGGCAAGGUGCAGUUUGUGCACGUGAUCCAUGUGAUGCGUUUCCUCUAUCAGUCCGAUGUCCUACUGCGAGCUGCAAGCUACGUUGGUUUUAUCUUAGUACACUGUGAUUGUGAAUCAUGGGCUCAUGAUGGCAGACCUAUGCACGUGACGAAAGUGGGUGGUAGCGAAAGCUCACGUUAAAGCUAGUCAUGCUGAAGUUCACGCUAUUUAUCGCGCUCGCGGCUGUCGUGUACGCCGACUAUGAAAGAACUCUUUCGGCCGAGCUUGACCCUUUCUGCGAGCCAAGCGCAAAGUGCGGUCUCUGCUACGUGCAAGCAGAAGGCCCCAGCGACACGGUCCACCACUUCUGGGCAACUUUCGGGUCACCUGCCGUGCUCAGCGUGCACACCCAGCCGGGAGUCCGUCUGCUCAACGUGUCCUGGCACCGUCUACGGAAGCGGGACUUCAGCGUUGCUGCUUUCAGAUUCAGCGAGGAACCGAUUGUGUCUUCGGCCGUCGUCCUGUCGAAGCUCUGGGAGUACAAGGACGUGGGCAACAUGGCUAAGGUCGACCCCCACUUGGCAAACGGCACGCACUCAGUCAGCCUCGGCGAUCUGGUGUGGGGAGACGUCAGCGGAUGCGAGGGAAACGGCAGCAACGUCGUCGUUGCCACUUUCACGGCGAACAGUUCCACGUUGAAGGACGACGCCGUGUACUUCUCCAAGAACGGAACUGUGGAAGUCACCGUGCGAGUGCAGAGCACACCCGGUCGCCAGGACCAGCUCCCUCACCUGCUCUACACAAGCAACAGCACUCAGCUGGAAGUGUCGCUGCUGGGACUGGCCACAAAACUCGGCGACGAUUCGCAGUUCGGCCUGGAACUGACGGCACUCGACGAAUCUCCCGUCAACUGGACCCUGACGGUCGACCAGCGGAGCUCUUUCGACGACGAGUACACCCCGGGGGUGUUUACGAACGUCGCCCUGGUUCCGAGAAGCAACGUGUCGUUGACGUUGCCGACGUAUCUGCACUGGAAGCCGGUGUCUUACCGCGAUGGCAGGCGGACGGUGACUCUCUCGGUGGACGCGAAGAACCAGAACCUGACGUCCGGCGCCGGCUGGUGGCGGUUCAACGCGGCCACCGCGUGGAUGGCGCAUCGCGCGCCCAACGUGUCGUCCACGGCGCUCAACCUGACCCUCGGCUCGGAAGGGGACGAACACUACAAGAAGUACCGUUACGCCACCUGGUCCUUGUCGGCGGGAUUUGGGAGCCUGCCAGUGGAGCAAGUCUCGACGACAGUGAUUGCAGUCACGUCAGUUGGGCUGGGAAUACCGGCCAUUGUUGCCAUUGUCACGGUGGGCUACCUCGCUCUGUACAAGCCAGAACCAAGUCUUUAGCCGAGACCAGACCUUAGUGUAGGCUACGGAUUGUACCGUCGGAGUUCGACACACCAAAGUGCGAGAGCGUUGCGCUCAGAAUGGCCAGAGGCUCGGUCUGUUGUCACCAGUCUUUCAUUUCAAACUAUUUGACGUCCAAAGUCUACCUUUCCAUCACAACCACGAAUAGGCAUGCGAAAUCGCCGCUGCGAGCCACGCGUUUGUAGAUAAAUUGAAGACUGCGAUUACGUCGGGCCCCGACAAAAUCUUUCUCCAAAGUAAUGUCCCAUGCAAUCGGUAACACCAGACCGCCAACCUGUUUGACAUCUCUGAUCGACAUUUGUCGGUAGUGGCAUGUAGUAGCAACUUUUUCAGGGACAGCAAGGUUGUGUCGUUCUACAGUUUCUGCCUUCUGCCCAACGUGAUUUCGUAUUGUGGGUUUCAUCAUGUCAAGAGUUGGCACCUCCCCGCUUGCCUGUUGAUGACCCUCCAACGCAUGGCGACUGGACAAAGACUGUGUCGUGUUAGUGACGUUCCCACUCUAGGCAACUUAGCACUGUUUGGAAUACUACUGGAUUUUCAUUGUUUCUGUAGGCGAUGAAUGAAUUUUACUCAAUAAUUUAACCGGUUGCUAAUAGUGCAGCAUUUUGUGCCUGCGACUACAACACCACUUUAGUGGGGCAUCGUGGCCGUGGUCGUUUUGUUCUAGGAAAUACAGGGAUAGCGCGAGGUUGUGUCGAUUGACAGUUGUUACCAUGCCACGGUGGACUAUAUAAGUUGUUUUGUUUGUUUGUAUCCUAAAGGCCAGACGAGCAAUUGUACAAGUUGCUGAUGGUUUCUUUUUGUGCAUAUGACUACAACAUUGCUGUAAAUCGGGAAACUUCACCUUCUGUUUUAUCUUGAUAUUCUCAAAGAUAGAGGAAAAAACAAAAACCCAGAGCUAGAGCAAGGCUGUGCUGUUUUUGGGUACCCUCACCUUUUCAUAAUAGAGUGUAGAUAUUACUUUUUUAGCUCACAUUCCCAAAGUCCAUGGUCCUAGCAUGAGCACAACCAUAUAUAUAUUUUUUUAAACAGAAAAAAGCAAUUGUGUUUAAGCUCAGUUUAGUUUCACAAGCGUUUUUUAUAGCAAGUUGGCCCGACCUCCAAGUGGUUGCUCUCGUUUGCUCUGGGGCACUCUUGUGGAGCUUGUGCAAAUGGGGGUUUGGUGAGAACAGCAGUAGAAAUUGUAUUUAAGAUUGAAGCAUGCUGAGUUGAUAAUCUCAUAUUUCAUAACGUCAAUAAAUCAAAAAGCCAAAUUGGAUGUUCGAUAUGUUGAGGUGUUUUACCGAACUGAACCUACAAAUAUUCCAGCAAUAAAACUCUUAAUAAAUGCA